GUCGAUGGAUAGAUAACCUGAAGGGCCAACUUCUGACGAGCGCCUGCGUCCAAGUCAAACACAAGACAAAUAGCAAACAGAGGAUUCUUUAACCGACUAGUGAUUUUACUGAAGUUUCACUACCUGGACGAGUUCUUCGAUUAGGAUUCACCAAUAAUUAUACACGAAAAGGCACAACAUCAGAAACAGAUCACAAUGAUGACCAAACAGUUUGGCAAGUCUGGAGAGGUGAGUGAGCUGGUCAGCUCUCUGGGCUGGAUGGAGGAGGACAUGAGCUCCCAGGACGGGGACCGGACUCCCGACAUGAACCGCUACAGGCUGAGCGGGGGCGGCAGCCAUGACCCCUUGGAGCUGGGCAGUGAGGACGUGGAUGAGGAAGAGGAGGAGGACGACGAGGAGCUCGGGCCGGACGGCGAAAAGGCCCCAAAGAGACGGGGCCCCAAGAAGAAGAAGAUGACCAAAGCCCGGGUAGAGCGCUUCCGUGCCCGGCGCGUCAAGGCCAACGCCCGCGAACGCUCACGCAUGCACGGCCUGAACGACGCGCUGGACAGUUUGCGUCGCGUCAUGCCCUGCUACUCCAAGACCCAGAAGUUGUCCAAGAUCGAGACGCUGCGGCUGGCCCGCAACUACAUCUGGGCCCUGUCUGAGGUGCUGGAGAGCGGCGCGCCGGCCGAGAGCCCGGGCUUCGUGGACAUGCUGUGCAAGGGCCUCUCCCAGCCCACCAGCAACCUAGUGGCCGGCUGCAUGCAGCUAGGGCCGGCUCCCAUGAACGUUGGCAAGAUGGACGACAAGUGUGGCGGCGUGGCUGGAGCCGGCAUGGGCAUGGUGGGCAUUGGCAUCGGCGGGCAGGCUGGACACCCGCUCAGCAGCUACCCGUCGCCAGGCCUGCCCAGCCCGCCCUACGGCUCGCUGGAGGCCUCGCACCUGCUGCAUCUGAAGGGCUACAAGGGCCCCGGCGGCGCCUACGAGAACCCCUCGCCCAACGAGUGCAGCAGCGGCACGCCGCCCUACGACGGUCCGCUCACGCCGCCGCUCAGCAUCAGCGGCAACUUCGCCCUCAAGCAGGAGCCGUCACCGCGCGAGGCCGAGCGGAGCUACCCGACCCACCCGCCGGCCGGCCACGCCGCACACUACCUCUCCUCACACCACUACCCACCCACCUCCAUGCCUGCCCCAGCCCACCCGCUCUUCCCCGGCUCGCGCUACGAGCUGCCCCUGGACAUGGCCUUCGACUCCUUCGCCCCACCGCCACACAUGGUGGCCUCACAGAUGGGCACCAUCUACAGCGAGUGAAGGAGCCCGAGGGGCACUUCACUCAUCCUGCCGCACUCUGCUGCCAGCUGCGUCUGACUCUUUACAGCUUGGCAGAGUGGGGGGGGCAUGACAGCUAAAUACCCGCUGAGCGUUUCUCUGGCUGGUUCACACAAACAGCAUGCAAAAGACUCCAAAGUGGGAAAAAGAAGGAGAACUAGAGAAAAGGAGAGGGAGAAAGAGACAGCUGCCCCCGCUACCACCUCAACUGAACCUACCUGUUACCUCAAAAUUGUUGAGAAGUUGAGAGGCAUCAUUUGAAAUGAAGUCAUUUUCCAUUAUUGUUGUCAUGGCUGUAUGUUUUAAUUUCUUGAUUGUUUUUCAUUCUGGAUUCAUUUCUGUGGAAAUACUUGAUAAACCCUAUAUGAGCCAUAUACUAAUGCACCCAUGCAUGUUCUUACACUCCUGACCCAGGUGCAGAGGAAGAGUACUUUGUUUAACACUGAUAAACAGCUGCCCAAAGUUUCUUUAGUUUCUCAUCCUACUGCCAUAACAGUACUUCAACAAGACUUUGGUAGCACAGUGAUGUUUGCCAUAUGAAUUGAAAUACGUUUAUUUAUAAUGGUAUUUAAUAUUUAUUUUGAUGACUGUUGUCUGUCUCCUAAAACAAUUAUCAGCACAGUUUUUUUCAAAUGUUUCAGUCCACUGCCAGUCACUGGUACUGAUGAACUAUUUAAAUUAUUUAUUUGUUUUUUUUUUCUGUCAUUCACCUCUA